GCGUGAAGGAGUGGACCGAGUGGCCCAUCAUCGUCGAUGCGAUCGAGGAGGAGUCGGGAAACGCGAGGGCACUCCGUCGUGUUCGUAAUCGUACCCUCGCUUCGUUCUCUCCGCCCCUUCAAAACCUAACGCUCACCCAACUCCCCCUCUAUAAGUAAUAUUCAAUUCCCCUCUCUCCCUCUCUCCUCCCCCCUUCCAAAUCCAAAUCCAUCCCUUUGCUCUCUCUCGAUCUCCAUCUCCGUCUCCACCUCGAUCGGCUUCGGCAAUGGCGGCGUCUCUCCAAAUGGCAGCGCUUCUUUCGGCUCCGUCCACUCCCAUCAACCCCGACAAGCUCCGUUUUGGAUCGAUCCCCGUAGGAAGGAAAGUGAGCAAUUUGAUCGUUAGAUCGGAUGGGAGGAUGAUGACCGGUGGGUUUUCCCCUUCAGCUCGCGGCGGAAUCUUGAUUCCGAGUGCGGUCGCAGCAAAGUCUGAUGCUCCUGCAAGUUCUACAUCCUCAAAACCUGGUCAUGAGCUGUUAUUAUUCGAGGCUCUUCGUGAGGGUCUGGAAGAGGAGAUGGACCGGGAUCCGCGUGUCUGCGUCAUGGGCGAGGAUGUCGGCCAUUAUGGUGGGUCCUACAAGGUCACUAAAGGCUUGGCCACAAAGUAUGGUGAUCUUCGUGUCCUUGACACUCCCAUUGCUGAGAACUCCUUUACUGGCAUGGGGAUUGGUGCUGCCAUGACCGGACUAAGGCCCAUCGUCGAGGGCAUGAACAUGGGCUUCCUUUUACUGGCUUUCAAUCAGAUAUCCAACAACUGCGGCAUGCUCCACUACACAUCCGGGGGCCAGUUCAAGAUACCAAUAGUAAUUCGUGGGCCGGGGGGUGUCGGCCGCCAGCUUGGGGCCGAGCACUCCCAGCGGCUUGAGUCAUACUUCCAGUCGAUCCCCGGCCUUCAAAUGGUCGCAUGCUCAACCCCUUACAAUGCGAAGGGGCUGAUGAAGGCCGCAAUACGGAGCGAAAACCCUGUAGUUCUUUUUGAGCAUGUUUUGUUAUACAAUCUCAAGGAGAGGAUUCCCGAUGAGGAAUAUAUCUGCUGUUUGGAGGAAGCCGAGAUGGUACGGCCCGGGGAACAUGUAACCAUCCUCACGUACUCACGCAUGCGGUACCAUGUGAUGCAGGCGGCGAAGACACUGGUGAAUAAGGGGUACGAUCCCGAGGUGAUUGAUAUUAGGUCAUUGAAGCCCUUUGAUUUAUACACUAUUGGGAAUUCUAUCAAGAAGACGCACCGCGUGCUGAUAGUGGAAGAGUGCAUGCGGACAGGCGGUAUUGGUGCGAGUCUGAGGGCAGCAAUUAUUGACAACUUCUGGGACUAUUUGGACGCUCCGAUCAUGUGCUUGUCGUCCCAGGAUGUGCCGACACCGUACGCCGGGACGUUGGAGGAGUGGACGGUGGUGCAGCCGCCGCAGAUUGUGGCCGCAGUUGAGCAGCUUUGCCAGUAGAAAAAGAAAACAAGAAGAUAUUUCCGUAGCUCUGGCUUAUUUUGUGUUGUUAAAUCUUUGGGACAAGUCUUUCCUAAUUGAAGGUUUUAUUCAUACGUAAGUAUGGUGCGGCAAAGCAGGAUAUUCAUUCUUGUUAGUAUUGUACUCGUGUACGGUUCUUUUAUUUUUGUAAUGUUUGUUGUGCUCCAAUAACCAUUUAAGUCCGUAGUGCUAAAUUUAAUUUUUUUGGUUGUAGUCGUUUCAA